UCCCACCCGCCGCCGCCGCCGCCGACACGACGCCGAGGCCGCGCGCGGGCCAAACCCCCUAGAAGACCCCCCGGCCGGCCAUGCGACGGGACGCCGCGGGCGGCGGCCCUGGGUUCCACGACCUCUUCGACUCCGUGCGCCGCUCCAUCGCCUUCCGCACCAGCGCCGCCGCCCCCGCCGCCCCCGAGCCCCUCGGCGGGGGCGCCGCCGCCGGGAUCGGCGUGCGGAUCAGCUCCUGCCUCCGCAAGUCCAGGGGGAUGGGCCUGCUCGGCCUCAUCGCCAAGAGCCCCUCGCCGCCGCGCCGCCUGCUGCCGCCCACGCCCCUGCCCGCGCCACCGGCCGACGACGGCGACGGGGGCGGGGGAGGGCGGGCGGACGAGAACCCGCCGAUCCGGUGGCGGAAGGGCGAGAUGAUCGGGUCCGGCGCGUUCGGGCAGGUCUACCUCGGCAUGAACCUCGACACCGGCGAGCUCCUCGCGGUGAAGCAGGUUCUGAUCGGGAGCACCAACGCCACCCGGGAGAAGGCCCAAGCGCAUAUCAGAGAGCUCGAGGAGGAAGUGAAGCUCCUGAAGAACCUGUCGCACCUCAACAUAGUGAGGUACCUUGGCACCGUCCGUGAGGAAGACACGCUGAACAUCCUGCUGGAGUUUGUCCCCGGAGGGUCCAUCCAGUCGCUUCUCGGGAAGCUCGGCUCAUUCCCGGAAGCAGUCAUUAGGAAGUACACCAGGCAGAUUUUGCAAGGGCUGGAAUAUCUGCAUAGGAAUGCAAUUAUACAUAGAGACAUUAAGGGCGCAAACAUUCUUGUUGACAACAAAGGGUGCAUUAAACUUGCCGAUUUUGGGGCAUCUAAGCAAGUUGCCAAGUUGGCUACUAUGACAGCAGCUAAAACGAUGAAAGGCACGCCACAUUGGAUGGCACCUGAAGUAAUUGUCGGGAGUGGGCAUACCUUCUCUGCAGAUAUCUGGAGUGUGGGAUGCACAGUAAUUGAAAUGGCUACUGGUAAACCACCAUGGAGCCAACAGUAUCAGGAGGUUGCACUUCUAUUUCAUGUCGGAACCACAAAGUCACACCCACCAAUACCUGAACAUAUCUCGCCAGAGGCUAAAGAUUUUCUGCUGAAAUGCCUGCAGAAGGAACCAGAGCUGAGGUCUAGUGCGUCGGAUUUAUUAAAGCAUCCAUUUGUCACUGGAGAAUUUGACGACCGGCAGCCACUCAAUCGCACAGCACCGAAGGAUGCUUCUGUCAAUGAGCUUCCUGCACAUGAUGCUUGCGCACCAACAGAGUUGGGGUUGAAUCAUUCUGGCAACUGGUCCACUAUUAAUUCCCACAGAUCAUCGAAAAUCAAACCCUUGUGGGAGGGUAGCUGUGAUGAUGAUGACAUUUGUGAGUUUGCUGAUAAAGAUGACAACCCAGCAGUUGGAUCUAGCUAUAAUCCUAUGUCUGAACCAUUUGAUGACUGGAACAGCAAGUAUGACAUAAGCCCAGAGAAAAGUUCUCAUCAAUCAACGGAAUUUGGUGGAUUAGCCAAGCAUACUGAAAGCAGUAUGACCGAAAAUGAUUUUACCUUCCCUCGGGAGGGAAGUUGUGAAGAUGACGACGUACUUACCGAGUCAAAAAUAGAAGCAUUUCUUGAUGAGAAGGCCCUUGAUCUGAAGAAGCUACAAACACCUUUAUAUGAAGAAUUCUACAAUACAGCGAAUGCUGGGAAUUCUCAGGGAGUUGAUCAACCUUCCAAUGGAAAAUUCAUAAAUAGUCCGAAACUACCCCCUCGCGGAAAGUCGCCUCCAAGUAAGAUGAGAGGAGGAGGUCCUGCAGCAGCAACACCUUGUGACAAUAAUUUGAAUACUACGAUACCUGAGAGCUGCAGCAAGCAAUUCUCAAGAGACAGUGUAGAUAGUAGCCGGAUUUUGAGAGAAAUAGCCUCCCCUCAACUCAAUGAGCUUGGGGAUAAAGUUCAUAUUGAUGUCCAGGACAGCACAAGCAUCAGCUUCGCUGAGAGGCAACGAAAGUGGAAAGAGGAGCUGGACCAGGAGCUUGAGAGGGAAAGAGUGAUGAGGUUAGCUGGCUGUGGUAAAACACCAUCUCCAAAUAGAGGGCCCAGCAGCGGGAAACGAGAGCGCCAUCCUGCCCACUGAAUAGACAGCAACACUUGUUCAUCUAUUUCAUCCCACAGUGAUAUCAAUAGCACAAUGCUAGUGAUUGGCGGCAACAGCAGUAUAGUCUGCAAGGCUUGAUUGUUCGCCAUACACUGCAUAGGAUGUCUGCCCAAUCAGCUUGGUGCAAGUACCAUCUUUGAACUUUGAAGUGGGCUGGGGUAGGGCAGUUAUCUGGACUCAUGGCCAGGGAUCAUAGUGGUGAUGCUGCCCAAAGAACGGGGUACUAACCUGGAGAACGUUGUGCUGACAGUUUCCUGCCAAGGGGGGCAUUUUUUUCAGUACUGUGUGUUCUGUUUCAGUCACAUGGUUUAUAUUGAGAAAACAAAGUUUGUUGUAUAGAUUUUGGGUUGGCAGGCUAUAUGGGGCUUGGUUUUGUAUGGAGCUUGUUUUUGAAAGCGUGUAAUGUAAUAAGCCAAGUAAUGCAAAUUAUGUAAGAUUUCUUUUGUUGCUUCUGUGCAUUUCAGGCACUACAAUUGUGGCUGUCUGCCCCAAUGUACACUAUGCGGUUGUAAUCCUGAAAGCAUGCUACUAUAUAUGUUAUUGAUAGUUUGAUACUGA